AGCCACUCCUGCUCGCGACGCGGGCGGCGGGGGGCACCAUGGCCUCGGGCGCCGUGUCGAGGGCAGCCGUGGAGGAGGCGGCCGGUCGCAUCGCGGCCUACGUGCACAGGACCCGCGUCUUCACGUGCGAGCAGAUCAGCCGGCGGGCCUCCGAGGCGAGCGGCUCGCCGAGGAGGCUGUUCCUGAAGGCGGAGCACGAGCAGAAGGUCGGCGCGUUCAAGAUCCGCGGGGCCAUCAACGCGAUAUGCCAGUCCUCGGCGGACUACAUCGUCACGCAGUCGAGCGGCAACCACGCGCAGGCCAUCGCGCUGGGCUGCAAGCUGCUGGGGAAGAAGGCCAUCGUCGUGAUGCCGGAGGACUCUCCCGCCGUCAAGGUCGACGCCGUGAGGGAGUCGUACGGCGCCGAGGUGCGGUUCUGCGCGCCCAGCCAGGAGGCACGGGAGGCGAUGUCCGCGGAGAUCGUCGCCGCCCUGCGCAAGGAGCACGGCGCGGAGAAGUGCGAGGAGAUCCACCCGAACCAGGAUUCGGACGUGAGGGUGAUCAACGGCCAGGGCACCGUGGCCGUCGAGCUGCUGGAGCAGCAGCCGGGGCUCGACGCCGUGGUCGUGUCCAUCGGCGGCGGGGGCCUCAUCUCCGGCAUCGCUUCGUACGUGAAGGCGGCGAGCAGCGCCCACAAGUCCAAGAAGGCGGGCGUCCUGGUGAAGAACCCUCCGAACACGCCCGUCCACACCAUGGCGGACUCCGUCAAGAGCAGCCUCGGCGCGACGACCUUCCCGCUGGUCAUGGAGCACGUGGACGCCGUCUUCACCGCGAGUGAGGAAGAGAUCGAGGCGGCCACCCGCUUCACCAUGGAGCGCGCCAAGCAGGUGGUCGAGCCUGGCUGCGGCCUCGCGGUGGCGGUGGCAACCUCGGCCAGGCUGUACGAGGCGUACCCCGACCUGAGAGCCGUCGGCGUGGUCCUCUGCGGCGGCAACGUGGACCUCGGAAACCUGCCCUGGAUGAGGCCCAAGAGGCCAGCGGACGGCGAGGGCCAGCCCGCGAAGUCGCGCCGGGUCGGUCAGGGUGGCACUGACUAAGACUCCCUCGAAUCUCUUGUCCUCCUCCCCCUCCUCCUCUUCCUCCUCCUGCUUCCCCGCCGCCGCUCGCGGCACCUGGCCGUGCCUGGGACGCUCGGGCAAGGUGCGGAGUUUUGCGGGCCCUGCGGAGGA